GUUUAAAUUUGCCCCCAAAGCUUACCAACCAAACGUUGACCCCACUAUCCGGCAUCAACAUCGAAGCUCGCACAGCUCCGAACCCAGCAAGCACCCCGACACUUGCGGCGCAGCUGCCUGCCCGGGCCUUGCACCUGUUACCUGAUCAAUUCUCGCUGCGGCAAGGAGAGGGCCGCAUUCCAGGUUCCCGCUUCAACGCGCCCGAGUCGGCCCUCGACCACAUUUUUUGUUCUCCCGGAAAUCCGGCCCAGCAGCGGCACAGGACCCGGCAUGGCUUCAACGGGCCUCGCAGCGCCGCCAUCGGACGGCAGCGGAGCACUAGACCACGCGCCAUCAGGGCCACGGGGUGACGGUCAUAGAGGCCGGGGCAGAGGCCGCGGAGGACGAGGCCGCGGGCGAGGAGACGGCCAGCGUGGCGGCCGGGGGAGUGCUAGAGGGGGGCCGCAUCACCCCAGCGCGCAACAACCGCCAGCCGAGGCCGCCGCCGACGACGCAAACGCAAAACCACCACCUUCCGGAAAGCCCCCCAACUUCAAGGUUAAGAACGACACCCAGGACGAGGGCACCGAUGGCGAGGUCGAGGUCUGCUUUAUCUGCGCCAACCCCUUCAGCCACUACUCGGUUGCCCCCUGCGGCCACAUCACAUGCCACAUCUGCGCGCUGCGCAUGAGAGCGCUCUACAAGAACAAGGACUGUCCGCACUGCCGGACGACUGCUCCUUUUGUCAUCUUCACCGACGACGGGGCUAAGCGCUUCGACGAAUACACCGAUGCCGACAUCACUAGCACCGACGACAAUAUCGGAAUCAAGUAUGCAAGCGAGGACAUCGUCGGCGACACGGUGCUGCUCCUUCGGUACAACUGCCCCGACGCCGACUGCGAUUUUGCCGGCCUCGGCUGGCCCGACCUGCAUCGCCAUGUGCGCUCCGUCCACCACAAGAAAAUGUGCGACCUGUGCACCAGACACAAGAAAGUCUUUACCCACGAACAUGACAUGUUCGCCGACAAAGAAUUGACCGAACAUAUGCGGCACGGCGACGACAAGCCCGGCGCCGCCGACCAGACCGGCUUCCGCGGCCAUCCGCUCUGCGGGUUCUGCGGCGCGCGGUUCUACGACAGCGAUAAGCUGUACGAGCACUGCCGGAACAAGCACGAGCGGUGCUUCCUCUGCGACCGGAGAGACUCGCGGCAGCCGCACUACUAUCUCGACUACAACGCGCUCGAGGAGCACUUCAGGCGGGACCACUUCCUCUGCCCCGACCGCGAGUGCCUUGAAAAGAAGUUCGUGGUGUUCGAGUCGGAGAUGGAUCUCAAAGCCCACCAGCUGAGCGAGCACGGCGGCUCGUGGGCAAAAGGGAGAGAUGCCCGCACGGUCGACUUGUCCAACUUCGACCUGCGGCAACGGUACGAGCAGGAGAGGCGGGGCCCGGGCGGCGGGAGGGACCAGCAACGGCGGCGGGGGCCCGACCCGAACGCAGAGCCCCUGCCUGUCAGCUCGGCGCAGCCGCUGCGGAGAGACGAGCUUGCCUUCCAGCGGCAAAUGGCCUUGCAGAACGGCGGCGCCAGCAGACCCACGCCGCCGGGGCCUUCCGCGCCGGUCUCCUCCGGGCCGGUCUCCGGGAGCGCGACUCCGCAGGCGCAAGCAAGGGGCCCCGCCGGCCGGCCGAUCAUCGACGUCAUGGAAAACCUCCGCAUCACCGACCUCUCCUCGCUCACCCCGGAGCAGCGCGCUAGCCUGACCCGCCACGGCGCCGUCAUCGAGCGCGCAUCCAACCUCCUCGGCAACGACCCCUCCAAGAUGACCACCUUCCGGUCGCACAUCUCGACCUACAACAAGGGCUCCAUGACACCCCAGCAGCUCAUCGACGCCUUCUUCGCCCUCUUCUCCGAGACGUCCUCUCACGCUCUGGGCACGCUCGUCCGCGAGGUGGCCGACCUCUUCGAGGACAAGAAGAAAGGCGAAGCGCUGCGCAGAGCGUGGCAGAACUGGCGCGCCGCCGAGGAGGACUACCCCUCGCUGCCGGGGCUCGGCGGCAUGCGCGGCGCGACGACCUCCACCACCGGCUGGGCCGCCGCCGCCGCCGCCUCCAGCUCCGGCCCGGCCGGCUCCUCCGCCCAGGCAGCCGCCGCGCACGCCGCCGCGCAGCUGCGCCACUCCACCCGCGUGCUCAAGCUCAAGAACAGCACCCGCCGCGGCAGCACCAGCGGCCAGUCCGUCCUGUCCGCCGCCUCGUCCUCGUCCACUCCCAACCCGACCGCAGCAUCAUCAUCAUCAUCAACAUCAAACUCCGCCCCCGCCCCGGGCCGCCCGCCCGCGGCGUCCGCCGCCGCCUUCCCCGCCUUGCCGGGCUCGCAACCGCAGUCCCAGCAGCCGCAGCAGCGACCGAUCUGGAUCGGCGGUAGCAGUAGCGCUAUCGGUGGCGGCGGCGCCAAGACGCCGUCGGCGAAAAAGCCCGGCUCCGCCCCCGGCGCCGCGCUGUCGCGCGAGGAGGCCUUCCCCGCGCUCCCCGCCGCGCCGAAACCGCAGACCACCAUUUUCGGGUAUGGUACCGGCGCGGUGAGGCGGGAUCUUUUUAGCGGUCCGCGAGAUACCGGGUUUAGCUGGGGCGGUGGUGGCGCUGGUGCCAGUGCUAGUGCUGGUGCUAGUGGUGGUGGGCAGGGGAGUGGCGGGGCUCAGGGGAGCGGUGGUGGCGGUGGUGGUGGUGGUGCCGCGGGCAGUGAGGAGGCGCAGGGCCAGCAGGGGGGGAAGAAGAAGAAUAAGAAGCAGGUUUUGGCGCAUUGGGGGUGAGGGGCUUGUGUAUCUAUCCAUCCAUCUAUCUAGGCAUCUAUCUUUCUGGCCGGCUGGCUGCGUCCCUGGAUGCCGAUGAAGUUGGGUGCUAGAUGGUGUGAUGGGAUAGGGAUUGGAAAUAAGGGCGUGGACGGGGUUCUUGUGCGCAUAGGUCGGAAGUAGAUCUCCCGGGCAGUCUGGGAGAAUGUGUAGAGCUCGCCGAGGAGGCGCAUGGGGCGCUUCGCUGAGCGGAGUUCACCGUGUCUUCUGAGGCAUUAACGUACCAAAGGCAAGUGUAGACUAUCGGCGACUGUUGAAGCUAGCAUACCCAGUCCUAGUGAGCAUUCCUUGUCCUUGCCUAGGCCAUCCCUUUGAGUACCUCUAUUGACAGGUUCAUUAGUAUUCUGC